UUUAGGCCGAGUCCCAGGCCCAGAGCUGCUCCGCGCAAGCGCCUCCGGCCCAGCCACUCCGAGGAGUUCUUUCGGAAACAAACAUUCCGCAGGACAAUGUCCCGACCUGGUCUUCCCCAGGAGUCAGUCAGAAACAGUUUGCUAGAUGAUGCUAAGGCCCGCUUAAGGAAGUAUGAUAUUGGAAGCAAAUAUUCUCACUUGCCAUAUAACAAAUAUUCCAUCCUUUUGCCAUUGGUGGCUAAAGAAGGAAAUCUCCAUUUGUUACUCACCGUCCGGUCAGACAAGCUAAGAAGGGCUCCUGGAGAAGUUUGCUUCCCUGGAGGUAAGCAAGAACCUACAGACAAAGAUGAUGCAGCCACGGCCCUCCGAGAAGCCCAGGAGGAAGUGGGGCUGUGUCCUCAUCAAGUGGAAGUUGUGUGCGGCCUGGUGCCAUGUCUUCUUGAUACAGAUAAACUGGUAACUCCAUUUGUGGGUUUCAUAGACCACAACUUCCAGGCCCAGCCAAAUCCUGCGGAAGUUAAGGAUGUCUUCCUGGUGCCUCUGGCCUAUUUCUUGCAUCCACGUGUCCAUGCCCAGCAUUACGUCACACGGUUUGGUCACUGUUUUAUUUAUCAUAUCUUCGAGUACACAAACCCUGAAAAUGGGGUCACUUACCAGAUCAAGGGAAUGACUGCAAACCUUGCAGUGUUGGUGGCCUUUAUUAUUUUGGAAGAAAAACCCACCUUUGAGGUUCAAUUUGAUCUUAAUGAUGUACUACCAUCCUCUGAAGAGUUAUUCCUGAAGGUUCACAAAAAUGCUACAAACAAGUUAUGAUUUACGAGACCAAGAGACAAAGAACUAUCCAUGAAAAUACUGUGUGUGCUUCUCCAUAGAACUACAAUGAUGCCUGCUGUUGGAACUUGACAGGUGUGAAUAUUUUUUUUCUGUAGUGUGUAGGUAGAAACUUGCCUCUUUUCCAGUUGCCUUCUAUUGUCUGAUAAAGUAAAAGUCAUUCAAAAGUGUAAAAA